GACUUUUCAAAACCUGCCCAAAGGGUGUGUUUUUAAGAGCUGUACAUAUAUUUGUUCUGCAUCACGCACUGCAGACAUGGGAGAAGGAGACGGUGUGUGUGAAAUGAUCAGUCGUAUCGCUAAAGGACAUCGAAUAAGUUCGUUAAGGAGCGCUGAAAAGCCCGCGUGACGCCGCCACGAAUACAACAACGUCAUUCGUAGUUGAAGCGACUUUUCCUGUCGUCUGUAUCGGGACAGGACAGCAGGUUGUGAUGUUAUCAGAAGAGCAAACAUGAAGAAAACGUGAUUGGUGCCUUUGGACUGUAUCGAUGAGGAGUGUUUUGGAGUUGUCAUUGAGUGUGUCCUUUUUUCUGAGGGGAUGAUGAUGGUGAUGUUGGAGGAGGAAGAAAAUGAACAUCAGUUGUACCUUUUAGUGUAGUGCCUUGAGGGAACACAUACCCGCAUAUAUUUCCUGGUCUAUAUGCAGGUAUAUUCACACACACCCCUGUAUAUGUUUCCUGGUUUUCACCUGAAGAGGGUGUUUAAGUGUUUUACUGACGCCAGGAAGUAGGAAAACCUAGAGCCUUUUAGAUUUCAGUCAAUCCGAAGUUAGAAAAUGAUCCAGGAAUUAUCUAGUAGGUUAAAAAGAAACUUCACUAUAGAGUUAGUUAAAGCAUCGACAGACUUGGUCAGAUAAUAUCGUGUCAUUCGUGUAUCUGGAGGAGCUUGAGUCCUCUCAUCUUGUGAACAUGGAGCUCAAGAUGUUCAUCAUUGUCUCGGGGCUCCUGGUGGGCAGUUUGAUGCUCCUUGGAGGGGCUGCCAGCUCUCCUGACAUGGGCACCGGGAUAUCCCAGAAUAACCACGAUCACAAGGACGUGGGACACAACAACACUCACUCCAAGAAGAAGCCCUUCCCGGUUCUGUCAUUUGAUUAUGAGACUGUUCGGUUGCCCUUUGAGAUUUCAUUAUGGGUUCUCCUGGCUUCCUUGAUGAAAUUGGGGUUUCACCUGAUCCCUCGUGUGUCCUCUAUCGUACCAGAGAGCUGUCUGCUAAUCGUGGUGGGCCUGCUGGUCGGUGGUCUUAUGAAGCUGGUAGGAGAGUCUCCUCCGGCUCUGGAAUCCAAGAUAUUCUUCCUCUACCUUCUUCCUCCCAUCAUCCUCGAUGCUGGCUAUUUCCUGCCCAUACGACCCUUCACUGAGAACCUGGGCACCAUUCUCAUGUUUGCAGUGGUGGGGACCCUUUGGAAUGCCUUCUUCGUUGGUGGUCUGCUGUACGGGGUGUGCCAGCUGGAGGGCCUUCAGCACUUGCAUGUGGACCUCUUGUCGUGCCUGCUGUUUGGGUCCAUCAUCUCAGCCGUAGAUCCUGUAGCCGUGCUGGCUGUGUUUGAGGAGAUCCACAUUAAUGAGCUGCUCCACAUCCUGGUGUUUGGAGAGUCUUUACUCAAUGAUGCCGUCACUGUGGUGCUCUACCAUCUUUUUGAGGAGUAUUCCAGUGUGGGUACGAUCACUGUCACCGACGUGUUUCUGGGUAUCGUGUGUUUCCUGGUGGUGUCGUUGGGUGGUAUCGUGGUGGGCGCCAUCUACGGCAUCCUGGCGGCCUUCACUUCACGGUUCACCUCGCACACUCGUGUCAUCGAGCCUCUGUUUGUCUUCCUCUACAGCUAUAUGGCUUACCUGUCCGCCGAGGUGUUCCAUCUGUCCGGCAUCAUGGCGCUAAUAGCGUGUGGUGCCGUCACACGUCCCUACGUAGAGGCCAACAUAUCCCAUAAAUCCCACACCACCAUCAAGUACUUCUUGAAGAUGUGGAGCAGCGUGAGCGACACACUCAUCUUUAUCUUCUUGGGAGUGUCGACAGUGGCCGGGCCGCACCGCUGGAACUGGACCUUCGUCAUCAUGACCGUCAUUCUCUCUCUGGUGGCUCGUGUUCUGGGUGUUGUCGGCUUGACCUUCAUCAUCAACAAGUUCCGUAUCGUCAAACUCACCACUAAGGACCAGUUUAUUAUAGCUUACGGUGGACUGAGAGGAGCGAUCGCCUUCUCCCUGGUCUACCUGCUCAACCCCCAUCACUUCCCCAUGAGAAACAUGUUCCUCACUGCCAUCAUCACUGUCAUCUUCUUCACUGUAUUUGUGCAGGGUAUGACCAUUCGACCUCUGGUGGACCUCCUGGCAGUGAAGAAGAAACAGGAAACAAAGCGAUCCAUUAAUGAGGAGAUUCACACACAGUUUUUGGACCAUCUGCUAACUGGCAUUGAGGAUAUCUGCGGGCAUUAUGGACAUCAUCACUGGAAGGACAAACUGAACCGGUUCAAUAAGAAGUACGUGAAGAAGUGCCUGAUAGCAGGUGAGCGCUCCAGAGAACCUCAGCUGAUCGCCUUCUACCACAAGAUGGAGAUGAAGCAGGCCAUCGAGCUGGUGGAGAGUGGCGGCGGAUCCAAGCUGCCUUCUGCCAUGCCGUCCACCGUCUCCAUGCAGAACAUCCAUCCCAAGAAGACUCCUCAUGAACGAGCACUGCCGCAGCUCUCCAAGGCCCGUGAGGAAGAGAUCAGGAAGAUCCUGCGCACAAACCUGCAGAAGACCCGUCAGAGACUGCGCUCGUACAACAGACACACGCUGGUGGUGGAUCCGUAUGAGGACGGCUGGAACGACAUCCUCAUCAAACGGAAGAAAAUGAUAGAGCUGGAAAAGAAGAUAUCACAGAUGAACAAUUACCUGACUGUUCCAGCUCCGCCUCCUGAUUCACCCACCAUCGCUCGAGCUCGACUGUCUUCAGACCCUCAAGCGUGGGGCAUCAAGGCCGCCACAGAAAGCAUCCCCACCAUUAAAGUGGACCUCGCCUCACCCCAGAGCCCAGAGUCCGUCAACAUGGUGGACGAGUUCGGCAAAAAAGGAAGCCAGCCGAAAGAGAGCAAGGACGAGGGCGGCCUGAUGAUGAAAGCACCCUCUGCAGCGAAGGAGAGAAAGGACAAAACGGCUGACGAGGACGACGACAGGGAGCCGCAGCAACGGCUCAUGCGCUGUCUCAGCGAUCCGGGCCCCGCUGCCGAAGAGGAAGACGAGGAUGAACCCUUCCUCCCCUGAGGGAGCAGACGAGGAUGAACGAGCCCUGGCCGUCUCCUCUCAGACUGUAUCUGCGGUCCUUAACUACUGUAACAUGGAGGACAGAUUUAUAUUCUAUAGGAAGCCAAAACAAGAACGUCAGAAAAACCAAACUGUUGAUGAACUAAAAUAAAGAAAAAGAAAGGGAGCCAUCAAAAAAAAAAAAAAGAAAAGCCAUUUAUUAUUUUUUUUUGCUUGUCAUUUGUUCUUUUCAUUUUAAGCCUAAAGGCUUGUUCACACCAAGCACAAUAUUUAUAAUAAUAAUAAUAAUAAUAAAACGUUAAAGAAAAAUCCUUCUAAAUGUAAAAGAAUAUCAGAUUCCACAACAACUGUAAUAAUAACGACAUCGUUACAAUCAGAAUGAGUUUGAUGAAUGAUAAAAAUAUUGAGCCAAUCAGAAUCCACCCAUUUUUAAAGUGCUCGAGCAUUUAUUAUUAUUAAAAAAUAUUUUUUAUUGAAUUAUUACAUACUAUUAAUACAUCCUGUCAAAUUUAAAGCGUAUUUAAUAAUCAUAAUAUAUUGCAUUAUAAUACAAUAUAUGUUAUAGUAGAUGUAUUAAUAGAAUUGUUGUUAAUUACUUUUGCUUUCAAACACUAAACCAGUUGAGCUUUUAUUUUGGCGGAAAGGUCGCAGGGAGACUUUAACGCUUCUCUUUGUUGACAACAGAUUUAUAAACAAUUCUCAUUAUAAAUCUGAGAAGAUGGUUAGCGCACGUUACAUUCCCAAAUGCAAAUUAUAAGCGAUUCAAACACACACAGCACUUGCAGAGUAACAUUUACUGUGAAUCGAAACUGAAAAUGAACACAGUGCUGUGCUUUACUCUGAAACAUGCAGACUAUAUAUUUAUAUAAUUACAUCUGAACUGUUGCGACUUUAAGCCAUAUCACAUUCUUCCAACUAUGUAUUGUCGAAAUUCAUAAAGAUUCUGGGCAACUGGCUAAUAACACCAUUUCAACAACAAUUUUUACUUGCAUUUGGUGCUUUGAACCCUGGCUAAUAGGCUAAUAAUGUCCCGUAGAUGGCGCCGUGAGCUCUAAAAUAAAAUAAAUGUAUUACAAAAUGUAUCAUUUUGCAGUUUAUUUAAUCCAUUUUAGGCCAUUUUGCAAUUUCAGUCAUCACACAGUAACCCCGCCCCCAACUCAAUUUUUUUUCUCCAAUGUCAGAAAAUAAGGAAAUGCGGAAAAACACAUUUCAGUAUAGUUAUCCUUAUAGAUAUUGUUCUUGGUGUGAAUAGGCUUUAACACCGUGUCCUUACCAGGCAUGACGCGCUUCAAAGGUUUUAAUCUCAACUAGCGAUGAGUGGAAGAACAUUUUGUCAUUCAGCACCAGUGAAAUCUCAUUGGUCCUUGAACACAUGUCAGUCAGCUAGUAAAUGUUGCCGCUCCAGCAUUUACUGUGGAAUAACGAUAUUCCGCACGAGGGAACAGAUCUAUGCAUUUCCAAACGCUCGCACUGUUCAGUCUCACUCUAUAUUCAGGUGAAACGCUUCUGUUGUUGUUUUCAAAGCAUUGAUGCGUUCGUGUUCGUUCACAUAAAUUGGCUUUAUCUGUUUUUGUGACGCGGGUAUCAUUAGUUAUGUUUUACCUCCAGGGGAUUUAGACUCGUUUAUCAGGAGCAAUAUGAAACCGGUCACAUUAUGGCCUUUCUUAUAUUUAUCAGCCAGAUGGUGCAUAUUUACUCUGGCUAAUUAUUUCGUCGACACGCUAACCACACGUGGAGGACCAUUCAGUUCACGCUCUGUUUGCAGUGCACAUAACAAACCUGAGAAUGAAGUAGAGACUCGUGGAGAUUGCACAAAGAGAUUUACAUAUGUAAAGACUUGAUUUUUCACCAAAAAGAUGCAUGACCGACUUGAUUGGUUGUGAUCGUGUUUCCUGUUUUGUUUUCUUUGCAUAUACUUUAUAUAAUAUCAAAGAACAUUUUCAUCUAGUAAUCUUUUAUUCCCUUUAAAUGCACUCAAGCGCUUUGGUGACUGAAAAAGAUCUGGACCAUCUUGUCAACAAACCUUGAUUUAAAGGAAGAGUUCAUGCAAAAGUGAUUGUCAUUAUUUGCUCACCCUCAUUUCAUAACACAUGGAUAUAGAAUGUUUUUAUUUUGAUUCUUCAUGCAACUUUUUUCCAUAAAAGUUCUUAGUGACCUCGCAUUUCGAUCUCCGAAAAAGUACAAAAGUAUCAUAACAGUCAUUCGUAAGACUUUCUUCUGAGGUCAUCGGAAGCCUGUUUUGAAAUUGAGAACGCAAGUCAUAAUUAUGAGAUAAAAAGUAGAAAUUAUGACAUACUAUGUCAUAAGUAUGAGAUAAAAAGUGGACAAAAUUUGAAAUUGAGAUAAAAAGUCAUAAUGACAAGUAAAAAUUGACAAAAAGUCAAAACUGACAUAUAAUUCAUAAUUAUGAGAUAACAAGGCUAAAUUAUGAUAAAACAGAAUUAUGAUAUAAAAAGUGGGAAAUUGACAAAGUCAAAGUUAUGAUGUACCAAGUCAUAAUUGUGGAAUAAAAAGCCACAAUUAUGAGAUAAAAAAGCAAAAUUACAACACUCAAAGCCACAAUUAUGAUUUAAAAAUAUAAAUUCUGAGAAAAGUAGAAAUUGAAAUUAAGAAAAAUGUGAAAUAAUGAGAUAAAAAGGCAAAAUUAUGACACUCAAAGCCACAAUUAUGAUAUAAAUUAAAUUGAGAUAAAAAGUCAUAAUUAGAUAAAAAGGGCAAAAUUAUGACAUUCUAAGCCACAAUUAUGAUAUAAAAAGAGGGAAUUGACAGUGUCAAAUUUAUGAUAUACCAAGUCAGUUGUGAGAAUUCAAAAUUAUGAUAAGAAAUAGAAAUAAUAACAAUUUUAAAUUGAGAUAAAAAAGUCAUAAUUGUGACAGUCAAAAUUGACAACUCAUAAUUAUGAGAUAACAAGGCAAAAUUCUGAUACUAAGCCAGAAUUAUGAGAUAAAAAGUGGAAAUUGACAAAAAUGUGAAAUUAUGAGAUUAAAAAGUCAUAAUUAUAUAAAAGGCAAAAUUAAGACACAAUUAUGAUAUAAAAAGAUCAAUUAUGAGAUAGUCAUAUGAUAAAAAGUGGAAAUUGACAAAAUUUAAAGUAUGAGAUAAAAAGUCAUAAUUAGAUUUUAAAAAAGGCAAAAUUACAACACUAAACCACGUUUAUGAUAUAAAAAGUGAAAAUUGACUAGUCAAAUUUAUAAUGUAGCAAGUCAUUUGUGAGAAGUCAAAAUUAUAAGUGGAAAUUAUGACAAAUAUUUGAAUUAUGAGAUAAAAAGGCAAAAUUACGACACUAAGCCACAAUUAUGAUAUAAAACAUGGAAAUUGACAAAAAAGUCAAAGUUAUCACAUAUUAAGUAAUAAUUGUGAGAUAAAGCCAAAAUUAUGAGAUAAAAAGUCAUAAUUAUGAUAAAAAGUAAAUUAUGUAAAAAAGGAAAUUAUGACAAAGUCAGUUGACAAGUCAUAAUUGUGAGAUAAAAACUCAAUUAUGUCAGUCGAAAUUGAGAUUAAAAAAUAAUGAUGUCAAAAAGUAGAUUGUAUGUCAUAAAUGUUUUCAUAUUGUAAUUUUGACUGUGACUAUAAAUUUUACAUUUUCAUUACAUUAUCCAUAUUUUCGACUUUUGUCUGUCAUAAUUAUGAUUUACUGAAUCAUGAUUUUUUUUUUUUUUUUUUUCCUCAUGACCUUCCAUGCUAAGCUGCCUAAAUGGAAACAUAUUUGUAAUGUUUGCGUGAAUUAGUUCGACACUUUCCCGAAUCUUCUCCUGCAGCUCUGCCUUCGCACACAUAUAUCACUGCCAGUGUAGUGGAAAGACGGGUUGGGAAAUGUUGAUUCAUGAAGUGUUGCGUGAUGACCCUCAAACAGUGUGAUUGUAUCCUGAAAGAUCUAUGCAGAGCUCUUGCUGUACGUUGAAUUAUUCCCUUUAAAACCUUUGCACCACGAGUAUCAAAACACUGUCCUUUGAUUCUCCUCCGCAACCCCAGCAGAUCCUGCUCUGUAGGUGCAAUGCAUAUUAAAAAGAAUCAAUUAUAUAUCAAAUUCAGAAACUUUUGCAUGCACAGAGAGUAGAUUAGUCUUAUUUUAAUCUAAGGUGUGGUGAAAUCAUAUCUAUAUAUUUUAUGCGAACUCUAAAGGUCCAUAUAUAUAUAUGUCUAUAUUCUACUAUUACAAUGCUAACUGACCAAUUAUUUUCCUAUUAUUUCCUGAGCUUCUUUUGCCUUUAAAAAAGAGAGGAUGUCCUCUCUUCUGACUUUCUGGUGGGCACGCUCAUCAGAUACGCCUUCAGUAAAGUUUCAUGCGCUCGACUGGAAGGGUUCCUGCUUGCUUUGGGUGUUUAGUCAGACAUGCUGCUCACGGGAUUGUGCUUCACCUGAUUGUGCUUGUUCAUGUCUCACCUGCGCUGUUGUGCUUGACCAAUGUUUCACAGCCGUCAUUAUUCGAUGCAAAUCACCUUGAUGUUGGGUUUUGAUGUACAACAUGGACUGUAGUGUUCACAUGAAUGACCAUCUCCAAUAAAGAGGAGACGAGGAAACAUUUAAAGGAA